AACGCCGUCAACCACCACCGCCAGCCGGCCACAGCUCGGCCCCCGUCGGCUCCUGCACACCAGCACAGGCGACCGACACAUGCCUGCUCGGGCCUCGCCGCGUGCUGCGGCCUCGGGGCCCGAUGCGGCACCGGGCGCAGCCAGCAGCAGCGGAAGCAGCAACAGCCAAAACAACGCCGACGCCCUCGGACUGACCCACCUCACCGUGCCAGUGCCGGGCUCGUCGCCUGCAUACGCCGCCUCCGACGCCUCGUCUUCCCUCACGCCGACGUCGACCGCGUCCCCCGUGUCCGUGAUGCUCGGCAAGCACAAGGGCAAGGCGCGCGCCGCUGCUGAGCCAGAAAGAGGACGCCGCGUCCUCCCCGCACGUAUCCGCCGCGCCGCCGGCGGAGGCGCAGAAGGUAUCCGCGAUAUUGAGGAAAUGGUAGUUGACUGGCUCGAGCGCUGGGGUGACAUCAACACUGUACCGCCUGACGACUUGCCGCUGCAGCUCACGACGCUGCCUUACGCCCUUGUCACGCCGCCAAUAUACACGGUCGAGGCGAGCACAGAGCAGAUAGCAUCACGCACAGCCUCGCCGACGCGUAAUGGCGCCGUGCCGGACCUGUCCCGGAUAGAGACGCCAGAAUGGCGCAUGGUCAGAGCCGGUGAAGACGAUCGCGAGGAGGCAAAGGAGGAGCUCGCGUCUGGACCCGCGCAGAGCCCAACAAAGCGCCUGCGAAGAGGCAAUGUUGGAUCAGAGCUCGUCGAGGACGUCUCUGAUCAGCACUAUGCCCUCCUGCAUCGAAAGUUUGAGGCCUUUGAGCGACGACAGCGGAUCCGCGAGCGGGAGAAGCUCCAGUUUGAGCGGUACAAGAUGCGUGCGCGUGUCGACCUGCUCCGCAGCCUGCCUGCACCGCAGUGGACUAGUGUGGUCACUGCGAUUCUCGCGCGGACAGACGCUGGCGAGUCGUGGUCUCGCGGGAGGCGAAAGCUCGAGGCCGAGGGCGUGGACUGGCUCCGGCGCAAGCUCAUCAAGGAGGGCGUGGAAGUCCUCCGGCGAUAUGACCAGUUGCUGCCCAACGACAAGAAGCAAAGGCUUCUGGAUGACAGCCGCGUCUCGACGCCGUCGGCGCCGUCGGCGCCGUCGUCGUUAUCACCACCUCCGAGAUCGACGCCAGAUCCGCCGCCAGCGCCACGAGUGUCUGCGCUGCGUGAUGAGGGAACGAGCAGCUCCAAGCGCAGGCAGCGGCCAACGACACCAGUCAAGGCGGCAUCGCCUGUGCCGGUCAAGGUCAAGGUCGAGGAGCCCUCGGAGCCACCUCCCAAACCCGUAAUCAGGAUAUCGGCGCUGGCAUUGAAGCAAACAACAUUAGCAUUCCCGAAGCUGGAGAAGAAGCCUCCAGCAGCAGCAGCAGCGUCACCACGAAAAGCGGUAGCCUCGCCUCGCAAGGCAGGUCCCCCACCAGCAAAGAUAUCCAAAAUCGAGCCCGUGGAGCCAGCUGCAUUGGACCAUGACGAGACGCCACCUCGGCCCCCAUCACCGCGACAGACCAGACCGCGCUUUGUGCCCCCACAGACAGCCUCGGGCUUGCCAUGUCUCAUCGAGGCGGCCCAGCGGCGCGAAAAGGCUAUUGAGGAGGCUAUUGCAGCCAACGCCAAGGUUGAGGCAGCUGCCAAGGCCAAGAUCGAGGGAAAGGUGUUGCCCGGCCGUCUGAUUGCGCGCAAGAAGACGCGGGAGAGCACUCGCAUCACGCAGGCGACUCCGUUCGGCCUGCCAAUGCCGGCGUCGCUGGACACCAAGUCAGAGUUCUCACUCAGCGACGAGGAAGACUUCUGGGCCAUCAUCGCAGCAAGGGAAGCGCAGGCGACCGAGGCACGCCGCAAGGCGUCCACCGCGGCGUCGACAGAAGAGGUGUACGUGGCUGUCGCUCCACCCGCGGCCACCUCGCCCUCGUCUGACGCGCUCGACAUGGAGGGCGUGGAGGCAGCAGUAGUUCUUUAA